CUUUCUUUCAAUUUCAUUCUGAUAGCUUGGCCUCGUUUCAACGAUUUCAUCCCUCCUUUCGUACCCGAAAGGAAGAAGAAAAAAACAUGGUCUGGUCUAAAAUGGUUCCAACCUCUCCCAUUUUCCCUUCAUCUCCUCGCGUCAACGCCUCUCAACCGCCUCCGUCUCCGUUGUCUCUUCCUUUAUCCUCUCCCAGAUCACCUCUUCCACUUUCGUCCACCUCCGUUACGACGCCGCAGUCUCCGUCAUCAUUGAAGCCUCCGUUGUCCCUUUGCGUCCCAAGGCAACAGCUUUCUUUGGGAGCCGAUGUAGCGCCUUCGGUGGUGAAGAGGAAAAGGCCGGCGAGGAUAGAGAUACCGACACCGGUGGCGGUUGAUUUGGGAUUCGCGGCAGAGACGCCGAGAGGAGAGGAGGAGGUUCAGGUGGAAAGGGAUGGAUAUUCUGUUUAUUGUAAGAGAGGAAGAAGAGGGAAAAUGGAAGACCGUUACUCUGCUGUUAUUGAUCUUAACGGAGAUUCUAAACAGGCGUUCUUUGGUGUUUUUGAUGGCCAUGGGGGUCCAGAGGCUGCUGAAUUCGCAGCAAAGAAUUUGGAUAAGAAGGCAAUGUCGGAGGUAUCAAAAAGAUGUGGAGAUUCAAUUGAAGAAGCAAUCAAAGAGGCUUACUCAACCACGGACAUGGAUUUUCUGAAGGAAAAUUUGGGUGGAGGUACUUGUUGUGUUACUGCAAUGAUACAUAAAGGUGAUCUUGUUGUCUCCAACGUAGGUGAUUGUCGUGCUGUUUUGAGCCGAAGUGGUGUGGCAGAAGCAUUGACUUCUGAUCACCAGCCUUCAAGGCAAGAUGAGAGAGACAGAAUUGAAGCUUUGGGUGGUUAUGUGGAUUGUUGCCAUGGGGUUUGGAGAAUUCAAGGUUCUCUUGCUGUGUCGAGAGCAAUUGGAGAUAAACAUCUUAAACAAUGGAUAAUUGCGGAACCAGAGACGAAAAUGUUGAAAAUUAAGCCUGAGUGUGAGUUUUUGAUCCUGGCCUCAGAUGGUCUUUGGAAUAAGGUUACUAAUCAAGAGGCCGUAGAUUUAAUUCGCCCUUUCUGCAUAGGUGUUGAUAAGCCUAAGCCAUUUUCUGCUUGCAAAAAACUUGCUGAAUUGUCAUCAUGGAGAGGCUCAUUUGAUGAUAUUAGUGUGAUGAUAAUUCAGCUACAACGUUUUGUUUCCGGACUUGUCUAGGGGAAGACUUGUUUAGAUGCAAUCAAAGAAAACUCUUGUUCCUCCUUCCAUUUUGAAUCGACAGGGCCACUGUUGAAAUUGCUGCAUCCAUUAUCCUGUAGAAAACUGCAGUUUGUUAUGGUAAUUGCAGGAAGCAGUGGCUGCAAUGUUGGUGCGGAUAAUAGUUUUAACAUGAAAGUUACUUUGUUCUAAAGAUGGCAUUGUAGUUAGUAUGCCAAAAAUUCUUGCAGAUCAUCAGACUGUCAUCAUUCCCCUAUGCCGACUUGUUCUCUCAUGAUCUCAGGUUGCUGCUAUUUGAGGUCCAAUGGAUUCCCACCCCCAUGGUAUCCCAAGGCAAGGUUUUUGGAUUGCCUUAUCAGAAGAAAGAAGAGGGUGGUAUUGACUGAUCAGGGAUCCUCAAAUAUUUAAUCAUUGUUACCCCCUGAUGUUGAUAAUAGUUCUUGAACGAGACAAGUGGAGCCCUUGUACCAGCUGCCCGUGGUCAACCCUACAGGUUGCUAUUUUGACUAGCUCUUGUUCUUUUUCUGGGGUUACCAACUUUGCCUUCUCUUGCUCCAAAGUCAAGACAUGGCUUCUUAAUUGUUGAUUAGACCAGAUGGGUCAUGUUUGGCAGCUGGCUUGGCACUUUUCCAAUAUUGGAUGAAUGGUUUCUUAUUGCUCUUUAUUUUAUUAAUUAUGCAAUUAAAUUAAU